AUCCAUCUUUCUUCACUAAUAUUAAGUAAACCAAACCAAUAGCAACACCAAGAUGAGUACGUCGGGGCUUAGUUUGAAGACGACGACGCCGUCGAUGAUGUUGAGCCGCAAGUCCGAUAUCAAGUCGCGUCUCAGCCACAAGUCUGGGACUAACCAGCAGGACUAUGUGGCGCCGCAGGACCUGGACAUUACGGCCAUUACGUAUAAAUUCUAUUUGGAGGAAUACCGCAGCUAUACGCCCGAGGAGCGUGUCGCACGAUUGGCCACCUUCGAUGCCAUGGAAAUGCUGCAGACCAUCGAGCAAAUUCACAACGAUGUGGCAACCAUGAAGCUGGAGAAUUACAUUAUGGUCGAGUUUCUGGAGAAGAAUGAUCCAAAGCUAUUGAUUGGCCUGCGACAGCGUCGCACUUCGAUAAUGAAACGCUUGCAGAACAAGCAGCGAACAUCGUUGCAUGGCAGUCAGAUGAUGAGCAGCCGGAAGUCGAGCUCCAAGCGUUCUAUACCCGUCUCCACAUCACAUCUGGCGUCCAUGUUACCCGCAGGCGCCGAUAGACGGCGUGGCGUGGAAUACAAACUGAAUUACAAGGCCAAGGCAGAGAUGGCCGAGAAAAGGGCAGCCGAAUUGGAGAAGCGUGUGGUGGACAUCGAAAGGAAUGCCAUGCUGGAGGUUAAGCAGCUGCGUGCCAAGAUCGAAGAGCUGCGGGCUCGCAGCGAGGAGACCAUGGAGACGGAGAACAACUUCAUGUUGCACUUUCUGCGCGACGAGAACGAUCUGGCCUUCCUGGAGUCGGCCACAGAGCGACAAAUCGAGCGAAAGCUGCGCAAAUUCACCAGCAAUUGGUUCAAGAACGCCCGGGCUCUGCUUGGGACCAUGAAGCUAACGAUUGUCUCGCUGCAGGAGACCUGCCAGCAGCAUCGUGCUGAUCUCAUCACAAAAUCGGAUCUAAGUGGAAUCCUCACGGCCGUCGACUUUGAGAAACUGAUCAUCAAGCGCACGGAGCUGAUCAAUCAGCUGGAGGAGAAGAACAUCCACAUGGCGGGUCUCAAGGGCGUUACCGGGAAGACCUCCCUGGCGAUGACCGAGGAGAAGCAGGCCAUGAUGAACCUAGAGUCCGAGAUGCGUACGGUUCUCAAUCGCACCGAGGAGGUAUCUCGAGCCAUUUCCAAGCUGGAAAAGGAAGUGGCCAUCGUCCAGCUGCACAACGAGAAAGACUCGGUGACCCUCGACGAGCUGCGCGCCCAACUGCAGGAGUACGAGGCGCCCAGUGUCAGCGAGUAUAUCGAACGCAAGGAGGAGGCUCUCGUUCUCGAGAAGGAGGAGAAAAUGCUCCAUCGCAAGAUCUACAUCCUGAACAUGAAGCUUAACAAUCUUAUUCGUCGCCGUAUGCGCAUCUCUGAAUUUUAAAGCUCUUUGAUCUCUGAUCUGGAGAUAUAUUUCUGUUUAAAACACAAAUUAAUAUCAUUU